AACGCAGUCACACAGCAGGGCUGGUUCUAGUUGAUAACACUCUGUACUUUGACCUGUGUCGCUGCAGGUUGUUUCAUGUGUUUCUGCUCGUCAGUAAGGAAUACUCCUAACUAUCCUGCAGCUGCCCGCACAUUGACUUCCUUUUUUCCACAUCUGGAAUCGACUUCAGGAGACAGGAUCCCCGCCGGCACCAUGUCCACGUCCACAUCUGUGCAGGUCGAGCCGGUCAUGGAGACAAGCUACGAGGGAGUCGGCCGCUGCAAGUGCUCGUUCUGGUUCGCGGUGGCCCACGACAUACUCGGCGUCUUCAUCAUGAUGGUGGGGGUGUUCGGCGGCCUGGUGGUCCACGACUUGUUCAUCUACGUGGGCGCCGUCAUCAUCUUUCUCAGCCUGAUCUGGUGGGUGUUCUGGUACUCGGGGAACAUCGACGUGCCGCCCGAGGAGCUGGAGGACGACGUGGGCAUGAUGAAGCUGAAGAACCGGGGAGUGAGCCAGGCCGUGAGGCGAGUGUCCGGACAACUCUCCAGCAGGAUCAGGAACUCUUUCAGGAAAAAUGGCAGAUCUUUCCGAGAGGACAACAACAGACCUUCAGACCCCGGUGCAGAUGUUACCUUGUCCACUAUUUUUAACAGCACCACCACCUCCUCCUCAAAAGAACUCUACAGAGAGACACUGUCAAUAUGAACCAACGCAGCACAGACUGCACAAGACGAGCACACUGAACUUGUGUUUCCUUUAGUUAAUUUAUUCAGAUGAAGGGGAUUUUGUGUUUACUUUACUAACAUGCACCAGUAAUGAUUAGACAACACCGAGUCCAUGUGCGGAUAAGAUCAACAAGAUCUUAACUGGCUGAUAAGGUUUAAACUUUGCACACAAUAACUGUGUUGCUCACCACUCUGAUUUUAACCACAACCUGUCAUCAUGGACUUUUUUAAGAGUUGUGUUGGAUUGAUUCACACCAUAGACUGUAAAUAUUAAGAUUCACACAAAUUGCAGAUUAGUGACCAUAGAAAAUAAAAAGGUUAAAGGAGGAAUUUGUUUUGAUGAAGCAGAAUUUAUUUAGAUCAUAUGUGGUCAGAUAAUUGAGAGCUACCUGAAGGUUAAGUCAUAUUUAUUUUUUUGUAUAUAAAGCUUAAUUUGACCCUUAUAAUAAUAUCAGCCAUCAAACAAAUGAAAAUACCUUUCACUUUAAGGACGUUUGUGGGAUGUUAAACUUGAUCUCCAACAUAAUUCACACAGAGAAUCGUGUGCUGGUUCUGUGAUCAUAAGAACGUUUUUUGUUUUAACUUAUCUAUGCUUGGUCGUGCUUGAUCAAAUCUUGCUCUUUCUACAAAGUGAUGUGACGACAGCCUUUUAGUUUGAAGUCAAAUAAAGUUGAAAUGCCUCUGUUA